AUGGCUCCCAUACAACAGAUUGGGGACUUCCCCGACAUUCCUGCCAUGUCAGUUGAAGCUCGCCAUGCAGCUCAGAACAUCCCAGUCGACGCUUCACCAUCUCUCACAUUCGACUAUCUCACUCCUCGAUCCGACUCUUCCUCUGCGGCUACUACAAAGAUUCAGUAUGGCCAAGGCACGGUUAAUCCGGGCAGCAUUAAGAUGCAAGGCCUGAUGGCUUUAUUCGCGAUCAUCGGCGCCGCGUUCGUCCUCGGUGGAAUUUGGUUCUUUUUCUGGGCCAAGAAUGGCGGAUUCGUCUGGCGCAAGGGUGAUUGGGAGGAUUACAAAUCGACCGUGCUACGACGGAAAGGACCCGACGGACGCACUCUCAGUAAUGCCACGAAGAGUACCAAGCUGGGCGGCGGUAGUGUUGUCGGCUACAGCGAUGAUGGGUACACUUACACCGAUGAGACGGCCACUUACACCGAAACUGCCACCACAAUCAGCGAUGAGAAGCCAAAGAAGAAAAAGCGCAACUUCCGAGAGAAGCUCCUUCGCCGACACAAGGCAGAGCGAUGGGAGGGAGAAGCAGACGACGACAUGCGGGCCUAUCGUGAAGAGAAGCCCGCUCGUAUCGGUGGCAUGAAUCGAGAGGCCGACGGGACCUACCACGGCAGUGACUACGACUCAUCCGCUCCUCCCACGCACUACAACCGCAGCGAUAUGAGCGAAGUCCGUGACUAUGCCUACGAACAGCCGCGUCGGUCUCGUCGCCGCGAUCCCUCGGGCUUUUCUUUCACUGCCGGCAGUGAAGACGUCCUCAGCCAGACCACCGAGGAACAUCAGCUCCGUGAUCCAUCUACCCGGCGCGACAACCGUCGACGCGAUCAACAGCGCCGCCAAAGCGCCGCACCGGCACCGGUCCCGUCGUCUCGUACCAGCAGCCCCCCCAAGAAGGAUCGUCGCUCUGUGCCAGGUGGCUACACCGAGCCUCUGGAUCUCUCAUCUGCUGGCUCGCGUUCAGAGUACCAAUACUCCAAUGUUGGCACUGAGGAUUCCAACGGCACCAAGAGGUACCACCACCCGAUCCCAGGCCUGACCAAGGGCUACCGCCGUGAUGGUCAUGGCCGCCGCCGUCGUGACAGCCUGAGUGAUAGCGAUAUUGAUGAGUGA